ACAAAAUAACGUAGCUAGAGACGAAAUCUGUCAGGGAGGGGGGGCUGAAGAACAAAACAAUGACACGGCUCGGACGGAUUCAAAUAUAAGUGACACUGUCAGAAAAAGGACUUUUAAACCGGACAACACGGAUUCAUCAAAGUCAAAGAGUCCACGAAACGAUGAAUGGGCAUGGCUCAUCUUCAGAAAAAGGAGUAAACACUAAUCUAAUAUGUCAAGAAAGUUAUGCCUGUGGUGGCUCUGAGGAGGCUGCGUUUGAGUGCGAUGACUGCAAAAGCCUGCAGUGUGUUCGUUGUGAGCUUGAGGUCCACAAACAGGAAGACUUGAAGAACCAUACGCGGUUUCAGAUCAGCCCCGGGCAUGUCCCCCUGUGUGACAAUUGCAAAGGAGCCAAUGGAGACAAUGGCAAACGCCACAGAGCUGUGGUCCGCUGCCAGAACUGCAAACUUAACUUGUGCCAAGAAUGCCAGAAACGCACCCACAGUGGAAGCAGCAGGAAGAAACACCAGCUUACAUCUUUUCCUCCACCACCUAAACCUGUAGAGGUCAACACUGUCCAAGCAUCCAUUCAGCCUGCUGUUGAAAUAGUCGAUGAAAUCAAAUCUCAGAGGACAAAACUACUGGAGAAGGUGUCCAGUUUUCUCUUGGUCGAUGAGAAUGAGGAAAUGCAGGUAAAAGAUGAAGCUUCAUUUUUGAAUAGCCUGAGCUGUAUCCCAGACCAGCUGCUGAAGGUGGUGUCCAUCUUCGGUAACACGGGAGAGGGCAAAUCCCACACCCUCAACCACACAUUCUUUUUGGGGAGAGAGGUGUUCAAGACUUCUCCAACACAAGAAUCGUGUACGGUGGGCGUGUGGACAGCCUUUGACCCCAUCCACAAAGUAGUGGUCAUCGAUACGGAGGGCCUGCUUGGAAACAGUUCGAAACAGGGCCAGAGGACCCGUCUGUUACUGAAGGUGCUAGCCAUCUCUGAUUUUAUUAUCUACCGCACCCAUGCCGACCGGCUUCACGAUGAUCUUUUCAAGUUCCUCGGCGACGCCUCGGAUGCCUACUUGAAGCAUUUCACCAAGGAGCUGAAGGCCACGACAGCACGCUGUGGGCUGGAUGUUCCUCUGUCGACCCUGGGUCCUGCAGUUGUUAUCUUCCAUGAAACGGUUCACACUAAGUUGCUUGGCUCAGGUAAGUCGUCAGAGUCAGUAGACCGGCUGCUGUUGGAGCGCUUCAGGAAGGUGUCCCGUUUUCCCGAGGCCUUCAGCUCAGUCCAUUACUGUGGCACGCAGACUCUCAACCCACCUACCGACUUCCAUGGCCUACAGAACAAACUGGAGCAGCUCCUGGAUAACAACGCUACCCGUUCCCCACGCACUCCUGUGGUUAUCUUCAAAGCACUGCAGGCACUGAGUGAGCGUUUCAGUGGCGAAGUAUCUGGUGAGCUGGUGUCCCAUAGCUGCUUCUUUCCUGAUGAAUACUUCACCUGCUCCAUCCUGUGCCUCAGCUGUGGGUCUGGCUGCAAGAACAGCAUGAACCACAUCGCAGAGGGCGUGUGCCACAAGGCAAAGCAUCGCUGCCGUUACUCUCCUCAGUAUGAUAACCGCAUUUACACCUGCAAGGCUUGCUACGAGGGAGGAAAGGAAGUGGUAGUCGUCCCUAAGACCUCGGCUUCCUCAGACUCUCCGUGGAUGGGCCUCGCCAAAUACGCUUGGUCCGGGUAUGUUAUCGAAUGCCCCAACUGUGGAGUGAUCUAUCGGAGUCGCCAGUACUGGUACGGGAACCAGGAUCCUGUGGAUACAGUCGUCCGCACUGAGAUCCAGCACGUAUGGCCAGGAUCGGACGGCUUCUUAAAGGACAAUAACAACGCAGCACAGCGUCUUCUGGACGGAGUCAACCUAGUGGCUCAGUCUGUGACAGAGCUCAGCGUGAAGCCUGCCAAGGCCGUCACCUCUUGGCUGACGGAUCAGAUCGCUCCAGCCUACUGGAAACCCAACUCCCUCAUCUUGGUGUGUCACCAGUGUCACGCAGUCUUCCAGGACAACGACACCAAGCAUCACUGCCGUGCCUGUGGGGAAGGCUUCUGCGAUGGCUGCUCUUCCAAAGCCGCGCCCGUCCCCGAGAGAGGCUGGGGUCUUGACCCUGUCCGAGUCUGUGACGCCUGCUUCGAGCAGAGAGCCUCAUGCGAAGAGCGGCUUGAAACAGAGCCUGAGGAGGAAGAAGGUGGAAUCCUGGCCAGGAAGGUUGGAGAGGUGGUCACUAAUACCAUAGGGGUUGUCGUGACUGCGAUUGACAUCCCACUCGGUCUGGUGAAAGACGCAGCCCGUCCUGCUUACUGGGUGCCUGACCAGGACAUCCUGUCCUGCCACAACUGCCGGCGCGAGUUCACUGCCAAACUGUCCAAGCAUCACUGCCGCGCCUGUGGCCAGGGAGUGUGCGACGACUGCUCCCCAGAGCGCCGGCCGGUUCCGUCGCGGGGCUGGGAUCAUCCCGUGCGCGUGUGCACCAGCUGCAACCAGAAGGCGGGAGAACUUUAACAGGGAUGGCCUUCCUUUCCUCAGAGCGCCAGAGAGAGAGAGAGAGAGAGAGAGAGAGAGAGAGAGAACCAACCACUCACACAGCUCGCAGUCUUAUCACUGCUUUACCUCCGUUACACCAGUGGUUCUGCCUCGUAUCUGUGGCAAGGAAGUUUUUAGUCGCAUAUAUAGGACAUUUAGCAGACUUGGGAUUUCAGCGUUCCUGUGGCCUUUGUAGAGCAGCCAGAACACGCGAGUCGAGUGUGAAACCUAUCCUUUCCACUCCGCGGUGACUCUUAAUGACACAAAUCCCACAUUUUUACGUUCAAUACAGCCAUUCAGCUAUUUUUCUACUCUCAGAAAAUAUUUUAAAGAAAAGUGUAUCAUUUAAAGAAUGCUAGAUAGUUGAGAACCCCAUGGGGGUUUGGCGUGAUUAGUUUCCAGCAGUUUCUCUGACGUAGUGCGUGUAAUGGCGAGGGAAUCUAUAUCUGCUGGCUCCAUUGCAUGCUGUAUUGCAACAUUUUUGUUUAUGCACUAAGCCUUUUUUUCAGCUGUUAUAGGCUGUAGCGUACCAUGGCUAAAACCCAGAUGUCCAGAUUAUCAAGUAUUUCUGUCCCUAACUCAUAUGUAAGGUCUGGAAGAGAGUGAGUGGAUAUCUGGUGUGCCAAAAGUCAUUCAGGUCAAUGUGUCUGUGCUAGUGUAAUGUCUUUAUUUUAUUUUUUGUUUAAAUCAUGUCAUUUGUGGUUGUUAAAAAAAAAAGCAUAGAAGCGAUGUUAGAGGAGUGUAAAUGUCAUAUGUUUAAAACUAUUUAUGUUUCGAAGAAAGAAAAUGACUUACUUGUGGUAUGCAUGAUAGCCUUUGAGAGAUCCAUGGCCUUUUAUUUGUUCAGAGCACAGACUCCGAAUAAACCUCACUUUUUAUUAUUGUUAUUAUUAUUAUUACUAUUAUUAUUAUUAUUAUUAUACCAAGCAGCAUUUUUAAGUGUGUACACAUUCUCGAAAAACCUAUAUGUCUCAUGUUUCAAUUGUUUGUUUUUUUUAUGUUAUUUUAUGUUAUCAUAUGUAUGGAUAUGGUUUUGCAAAAUGUGAAAUAUCUAAAUUAGUCUUCAAACCAGUUUGAUGUGUUACUACGUUCUUGCCUCCAGGUCGUCCGUCUGACAGGAUGAGAACAAAGCUCACAGCUCAUUUGAGCUGUUAUAAUAUUGUAUCAUUUCUUUGUUUUUUAUUUACAUUAGUUGUACUGUAAGGAUAUUUAUAUUCUUUUGUAGUUACCACAUGUGAACGGAAACCUUUCUCCCCCAUAUUUAGUUUUUUUUUUCUGUCUGUCAACGUACACAUUAAAAAACAGAUGCUCAAACAUAGCAAAGACAGAAUACCGAACCCAUGUCGAGUGACUUGAGAUUUAACUUGUCUGUUUUUUUAUCAUACAAAGCACAAAGUGAUGCCUUUGAAACACACAUGGUUGUAUUUUAUUUUUUAAAAAAAGGGUAAAAAAAAAGGUCUUAUGUUGUUAAUGAUUGUAAGCUUUGUAGAUAAAGUGAACACUAAUCUUUUGCUCCUUACCUGGAACUUUUUGGUUCUGCUGAGAGGAGAUGUUGUUGUCUGCCUAUCUCAAAAUAGAUUUAUCUGUAUGAAUGUUGCAUCACCCACACACACACACACACACACACCGUCCUCUGAAAUACUAAUGUUGCACAGGAUAGAUUAGGGAAUACAUCAUGUCAGAUCACUUGUACAGGACUCCAUUCUCAUGCGAGUACGUGCGGUCUGUUGAUCCUAAUAUUCUGCUGUGUGGUGGUGUCCUUUCUUUUCCUUUCUUUCUAGGCCGCGUGCCAAUAUGAACACUCCUCACCUACACACAAUAAAUCUAACAGGAUCGACCGACUGGUGUUUUUAAAGAAAAACUUGAAAACUGACUUGAAAUGUUGGUGUGUGGAUAUGUGGCUGAAACUGAUGGAAGAUUUGCAUAUGAUUAAAGGUGUAUCUGGA